GACCACGAGCGAAGCACGUUGUUUUUGUUUGGAUUUAUUUUUUAAAUUCAAUACGAUUUUGCUUGUGGUAAUAGAAUAAAUAGAAUAAAUUAUAUUCUAAAAUGGAUACUAACGAUAGUGAAAACCUUAAAAAUGAAUCAACAAGUACUGAAGAACAAAGUCAUCGACCUGUAGAGCCUCAGGUAACAACGGACACCAAUGGGGCAGAAAUUAAAGAAGAAGAAACUACUGCCACGACAAAAGAAACUAUAGAAAUAUUGCAAGUAGAAUUGAUUGCUCCUCGAACUGAAGAAGCUGUUGACACUAAAAUAGCUAAUGAGAAAACAAACAACAUCAGCCAUGUGGAAGAAUGUAGCGAAAAGAAGCAAACCCCACAAGAGCAGGCAACAACAAUUCAAAACGAAUCUGUCGCCGAGACCAAAUCUACUAGCAAUGAAAUGGAGACAAGUGAUGAAAAUAUACAGACCAGUGAAACAAAUGAAGCUAAUACUGAAGAAACCACAUUUAACACUUUGGAGUCAUCAAAUCAACAACCAACCACAAGUGGUCUCGGUUUAUUAGCUCAAUAUGAUUCCGAUAAUGAAUCUGUAGUAGAAGUUCCAAUUGACCAAGAUUAUCGCAACCAAGUGGUUGAGAUUGAUUCUGAUAGUGAUUCGGAUGACAGUAGUGAUUCGUCAGAUGUUGAGUAUCUAAGUGAGUUGCGUAAAACAAUUGAAAAACGUAUGGAAGUUGUCGACGAUGACGACGACGAAGAUGAAGACAGCAAUACUGGCAAAAGAAAGAAUACACCAAGAUUAAAAGUAAAAGGUGAAAUGUUGUUAGAAGAUUUACCCCCCAUACAAGAUUUGCAAAUAACAGUGCCCGAAGAUGAGUGUAUAGAGUUUGGCAAAAUUCACUCAGUUGUUGAUCAAUUGCUUUUGGUUAGUGCUUUACCCAAUUCUAUUCUCUUAGAUUUGGGAACAGUAAUAUUUUUGGAAAAAGGACAAAAAGUUUUGGGUGAAGUAUUCGAUGUGUUGGGACAAGUGGCAGAUCCUCUAUAUUGUGUGCGUUUUAAUUCAAAUAAACAAAUCAAAGAGAAACAAAUUAACGUAGGUGAUGUAGUGUAUGUAGCUCCUAAAACCCAAUACACACAAUAUGUGAUAUUAUCCAAUUUAAUGAAAAUAAAGGGUUCCGAUGCCUCAUGGGAAAAUGAUGUAGAACCUCCACCGAGAUUUUUAGAUUAUUCCGACGAUGAACAAGAACAAUUGGCCAGACGUCAGUUACGCAACAAAGACCGGCCUAUGGAUAAUGAUGAUCCCACCAAAAAACCCAGAACAAUGGAAGAUGAAGAUGCUAGCACAAAUAGGUAUCAACAGUCGAAUAACUCACAAAGGGGUCGCUACAAUGAGCAAAGAAAUAAUAAUAGAGGUGGUGGCAAUAAUAGACCACGCUACAAUGCGCCACCUCACCACAAUCAACAAAGAACUCCUAAUCCUAAUCAUCAUCGCAGCUCUUGGCAUUCCAAUUACUAUCCACAGUCUUAUCCACAUCAGCCUUCUACAGCUAAUUAUGGCAUGCCACCAGUUCAUAAUCAGCCACCACCUUCUCAAGCAUAUCUGCCACAUGUACCCAUGUAUGGUAUGCCUCCUAUGCAUAACAUGCCAUAUCCGCCACCAACACAACCAGCUCAAUAUGGGGCACCACCCAUGUUACACCAACAUAAUCCUCAGCUAAUGCCAAAUACAUUUAGUAUAAGACCUCCUACACUUCAUGGACCUCCUCCACCUCAUAUGGCCCACCAUCAACAGUACUCAUCAACACCACCUCCACCGCCUGGAAGUCAAUAAAUCUUUUAAACAUACCAUUAAUCUUUAGCAGAUCAAACUAAAUUACGCUACUAGAGUGUAUUAUGACUUGAACUUUUGAUUAUAAAUAAAAAUCAUAAUUCUUUUUGUAAAAAA